AUGCUCGCCAAGUUUACCCUUCUCGCCACGCUCGCCACGGCCUCCGCGCUCAAGGUCUCAAAGACCAGCGUCCCCAAGCCUGUCCUCAAGCUCCGCGGCGGCGAGAUCGACAUCCCGACGGUCAAUCUCGUGAACGCGCUUUACUAUGGCGGGUACGGCGUCCCCCUCCUUGUUAAUCACGACAAGUUCUUUGGCCCGGACGGCAUCAUCUCGUACACAAAGAAGAACAUCGGCGACGAGUCGGCGAUCGGCCUCUUCUUCUCCCGCUUCACCGGCGUCAUGUUCUGCGCCCUCUCGGCUGGCUACCUCAUCGACAAGGAGUCGACCAUGCUGGCCAAGCAGUUCGGUCUGGGCAGCCUCGGCUUCGUCCCUCUCCUGUUUAUGAACUCGCAGGACGACACCAACUACAAGGCCAAGAUGUGGAAGAUGCAGCACCUGAUCCACCUGCCGCUUACUGCCCUGACGCUGCUCAAGGCCUUCAAGAAGGAGUGA